AUGCGAGGGUAUCAAGGCGUUUAUAACUUGGAAAGGAAGAUCCAUGAGGCUGCAAUUAGAGGUCUUGUCCCUGUUAAAGGUCCAAUGCCAGUAAAAUUCCCUCUCCCAAAUCCUCAAGAUCCCUUUUCCUUGAAACCGGGUUCUAUUUCUGUGGGAUUCUCUGACAAUAAAGCAUCUGUUGUGGAGAAAUCUGAAGGUCUCAGUGCAGCCAUUGCAGGUGCACGAGCAGCAGCUACACAGUUCAACAAGAAAGAUCAAAACCUUGUAUCUAAUACCACAACAAAUAGCUAUUCCAACUCCACAAGCAGUGGUCGACCAGACAGCAAAUCAUUGGAAGAAGAUAAAAUGCUAGAGAGCUGCUCAUUUGGAGGUUCUGGUGAGGAGGCCUCAGUUCCAAGUAAAACAGAGCAACUCAAUCCCAUUAAGUGUGAGGAAAGCAGUAGCCGCGGCCAAACUCGUGAAGAUCUGAAACAGAUUCCUGGAGCUUCUGCUAAGGUUUUUUCUUGACAUAUAACCAGUGAUUUGUUUUUGUUGUUUUUAGCUUUUUCUGUUUUUGGCUCUUUUAGAAAAGCACGUUUCAAGAUUUAACCAUGUAUGAGAGGAAUAUGCAUGUGGAUAGCUCGUGCUCUUGUUGCAAUAUAAUAUACUAGGAAAAUCUUGGCAUUUUCAAGUCGGAUUCCAUUUUCAGAUGUCUUUGAUCCAAAUACAAAUUAAUUUUGACCAAGAUCCUAUGUUUGGUUGUGAGCUAA